GCAUACGCAUAUAUGUUCAUAGCUCACCCUUGCGAUGUGCUCAUUUGGCGAAAGGCAAUGCAUUCGCAAAGGAGAUGUACCUACGCGAACGAAUUGAAGUAGGACUGGGAAAAGUCAACGAAAGGGCGCGGCGUUAUAUAUAAGAUAUAAGCUAUAUUUUUGCCGAAAGAAUGAAAAGAGAUAGCGCGACACCGCGUAAAGGCACCCAAAUGGGGAAACUUCAAAUUUAAAAGAGUAGGGUAAAAAGGGCCACGCAAAAGGCACGAAAUGCUAUUUCAAUCGACAUGCUUUCAACGCAUGCAUGAACAUGUAUGCUGAAAAAACGUGAAUUUUUUUGUAUUUUUUUUCUUAUAAAUUUGUAACUAUAGCACAAAAUAUCAUUUCCUUGGUCCAUUUUUAUUAUGGUGACGCGCUGCCCUCACCGCACCAAUGGCCAUAAUAAUGCCACACUGAAUGGCAAUAACACUGCGAUUACGUUUUGCUAUGCUGGUUAAGUGACGUGGGUGUGUCAUCCGUGCCCCAUUGUAAGCUACACAAAUCGACGAUUUGCGGCCCCCUUUUUGUAACUCGCCUCAAAUAAGCAUAAGCUGAACUACGCCGCGGAAAAUAAUUUCGUAAAAAUUGAUAUUCAUGUCGGGCACAUUGCCUCACCUUACAAAAACGUAGCACCUGAGAUAUUCUGUCAUAACACGCGGCGUUGUAAAGAUUUGUAGCCAUAUUCAUAGCGUAUUGGCAACAGGAUUUUCUUUCCCCUUUUUUUUUUUUUUUUUAACACCAAUUAAGGGGGAGAAGAAAUUCUGUAAGAACAGCAGGGGCUUUAGUGCGAAGGGCCGCUUUACAAAAAGACCACAUUUUUUCCACCCAACCAUCCUGGAAUGAGCGAACCAAUAAAUGUAAAGCAUAAGAUAGGAGAUACAUAUCGAAAGGUGUACUCAUAUUUUAAGCCAAUCACAAAUUCGUCUUCAUUUGUUAAAAAUGGGACACUAACCCCAGCGGAGUUUGUAGACGCGGGGGAUUUUCUCGUGCACAAGUUUAGAACAUGGGAAUGGCAAGAUGUAGACACAAAUCGGAGAGUUCCCCAUCUACCUGAGGGGAAGCAAUUCCUCUUAACGAAAAAUGUAGCGUGCAAGCAAAGAAUUAAGGACUUGAGUUAUAUCAUGCGCGAUGUGAAAACUGUUGAGAACGAUUGGCUGCUUCCAAGCUACGAAGAGGAGAACAACGCCACUGACAUAGAUGAAUACAUGCGUCACUUGGAGCCCCCCCCCAGAAGUGUGCCCCGAGAGGAAAAGGCGCAUAACCACAACGAGGAUGCCUCGGAGGAAGAGGACGACGAAGCCAUUGACAUACAGAACUUUGAGGCACACUUUGACCCAAACUUUGACCUCAUUAAGGAAGAUGACCCAGCCGCGCUGAACCACGCAGGUCUUUACUCGUACGGUGGACAGAAUGAAAACGUUAUGAAAAUACGCACGUACGAUGUCAGCAUAACGUACGACAAGUAUUAUGAAACUCCUCGCAUAUGGCUGUUUGGAUAUGACGAGAAUGGGCACCCGCUAAAAUCGGAGGAAAUUUUCGAAGACAUCUCUGCAGAGUACAGUUACGAGACGUACGACCCCCACCCGUGCACAGGCGUGAUGACUGCAUCUAUCCACCCGUGCAGACACGCCGAAGCGAUGUUAAAUAUUGUAAAAAAUUGGAUGAGCGAGGGAAAGGAACCGAGGCAUGAUCUGUACCUCCUAUUUCUUUUGAAGUUUGUCUCUGGGGUGAUACCGACGAUCGAGUAUGACUUUACAACGGAUGUAGAGCUCCCGAGGGAUGACAGGCAGUAG